AUGCUCUUCAUGUUCGCGCGCAUGACCACGGGUACGACUCACAUCAAGUGGAUCAGAUUUGUGGCAGCCUAUGUGGCGCUUGGUUGGAUCGCUGUUGAGAUCGCUUUCUUCACUGCGUGCCGACCGUUCAAUGGGUACUGGGCCGUUCCCCCUCCCAAUCCGCAAUGCACGACACUCGAACACUUCGCCAUUGUGCAAGCGACGUUUAACAUCAGCAGCGACCUGCUCAUCAUUGCUGUACCAAUUCCAAUGAUUGCGUCUCUAUCACUUCCGUUGAAGCAGAAGAUUGGUCUGGGACUGCUCUUCAGCAUGGGCACUUUUGUGAUCGUCGCUGCAAUCCUUACCAAGUACUACAACCUUUCAAAUCUCUACGGAACAACGUACAUGCUGUGGUACACCCGCGAAGCCAGCGUCGCAGUAUACACGGCAUGUCUCCCCGCGAUCUGGCCCCUCCUGCGCGAACACGUCCGCUUCCUGCGCGAAUCGACAAACUCGUACAUCACAGGAGCCUCCAAGAUGCCGCCCAAGUAUGGCUACGGCAGCCAGUAUGGCAAUAUGUCAUCUGCAAAGGGCCCGCGAAGCCGCAUCACCAGAACGGAUGGCGACAGCGACGAGAUCGAACUCGGCAUUGGCAAGAGCAGUGAGCAUUUUGGCGCUACGCAGAGUGGAGGGAGUCGGGACAGUGAUGAAAGGGCACUGAGGGAUGGAGCGGGCAUGGGCAUUUGGGGCGUCCAAGUUGACACGAAAGUGGUCAUCGAGAGAGAUGCGUGGCACGCGACGACGACGGAGCCGGGCGUAGACACGACGAUCCAUGCAGGAGGAGAUCCAGAGAAGCGGUGA